GCAUUUAAUAAUUGAACGAAGGAAUAUAAAGGACGAGAGGACGAAAGGACAUAUACCCUUGGGUUUUUUAUGCAGUAGAGUAGAGUAGAGCAGAGGACUUCGAGGCGCCAUAACCAACCGUACAAUUACUGAAACGUCAACACCGAACUGCCAUAUCAUUUAAGCCAGUUAAAUACAAAACAGUUAAUUUCAUUGCCACUUUUUUGUCAUAAAUCAACAUGUGCCAUGGAGAACUGCUUAGGCGGCAGCAAACGUACCAUUCGAGCACAAAGGGAUCUACAACAAUUGAAGCAGCAAUGCCAGCAAUUGCCACCGAAUCAGAAUUUUUACACGCAACAACAGCCGCAGGUGCAUCGUCAAGCGCAAACAAUCAAGCAGCAGCAACAGCAAUUGCAACAACAACUAUUGCUGCAACAAGAACAGCAUCAGCAGCAGCAGCAACAGCAACAGCAAAUGUUGCAACAACAGGAACAGCAACAACAGCAUCGGUAUUUACUCGAAGAACAACAAAUACAAAAGCAAGAACAACAACUCAUACAUCCCUUUCAGCAAUUGACACUGCAACAACAUCAUCAGCUUCAGCAGCAGCAGCAGCAACAGCAACAGCAACUCGAGAUUGCCUAUCAAUUGACGGCGGAGUCGGAGCACAAUCACGGAGCGCCGGUUGCGACAACACCUAAAUUUGUCGCCAAUUGCUUGCACUUUCCACCGCCGCCAGAUUAUCCACCGCCACCGUCGAAAACGCCAACCGGCACGACCGUUGCCACUGCCACCACAGCAGCCACUAAAACAAUGUCCACGGCAAAUGCCAAGUCGGCAGCUAUAAGUAACGCGACAAAAACAACAGCAACAACGCAGCUGGAUAACAAAGCGAAUGCCAUUGGACAUCAUCAUCAGCACCAUCAGCAUUAUCACCAACAACAACUACAACAGCAACAGCAGCAACACGAACAGCACCAACAACAACUGCAACAUCACCAACAGCAACAACAACAACAACAACAUCAUCAUCAAAUACUCACCGACAAUGUACUGACACACUUGGAGCCUACGGCGACAGCUGCGGCGCCAUCUACUGUGUCCGUUACCACACACAAUGCCACACAUGCCACAGUGAAUGCCACUUUGACCUCGGCGUCAGUGAACAAUGCCACAGUCAACAAUAAAAAUCACCAUCAUCACCACCACUCGUCUGCGUCCGCCUCCAGCUCACCGUCAUCGUCGUCGGCGACAAGUGGCACUACCAUAGGUGUCAGUCCGUACGGACGGCGACAGGUAUUGCCACGUUAUCCCGAUCCCGAUCCAGACGCCAUUGAGGUGUGCAACGAGCAGGAGCCAAUAAAUAUUUCACGAAUGUCUGCACGUCACAAUAGCAAAACACUCGGUCGCGCCAAUGAAAUGCUCAACUCGGACGCGAAAUGGUCUGCGGUGCAACAGACCACAAGCUUACAGAUGUUACAUCAACAUGCACAUAACACCCAUCCACACGCGCAGCACGACUACUCUUACGCGUAUUAUGAACCAGGCGCUGCGAUGCGCCACUCAAAUAUACCACCGCCCGAAAUGAUACCUGGUAGCGCACACACAAUCGCGCAUCAUGCACCACCGCCGCCGCCCAACUCAAUACGCGCGCUACUUUCGAAGGGUAUGAAGAACAAAUUAUUGUCAUCGCCAGCCGCACGUCAUGCCUACCAGGCGCAGUACGGUCUGGAUGGCGCCAUAUCAUGUGAUAGCUCGACAUUGCGCAGUGCGGGUGUUGGCGCGACUGCGGGUGCGACAAGCGAGAAUUUCUACGAAGAGAUAUCCUCGAAUGAGGCGGCAUUGCAAUAUCACCACCACAACAAUACCAGCCACCGCCAUCAUCAUCUCCGACCAACGGGCACUUCACAUUCAGCCGGUUCACUGAAUCAAUCAUUGGUCGAAGAGGAAUUGCGACGUGUACAAAACCGUCAUCAUAAAAUACUUGGCGAAUUGAAUUUGUCCGUCGAGGCCAUGUUAAUGCCUGAAAGUCCGCCCAGUGCCAGUCCGACCAGUUGCGAAGCGCCCAGCGUUAGCGUUACGACCGCCUCGGGUCAGCCGAAUUUGGGUUCUGUUGCCGUCGGUGGUGCCGGCAGUUUACGGCUCUCUUCCACAUCGGCCGAUAAUAUCUGUGAUGCAAAUCUCUCGGAGCUGCUCAGCACAGUGGGACCCACUGAUGAGCUACUCUCGCCCGUACAGUCUUCAACAAAUGCCGCCUUCUGCGCCGCCGACUUAGAUAGCGGUUUUAGCGGCAGCAGUGGCGCCAGCUACAUUGGCAGUCUGCGUAUACACAAGACUAACGCUGCGCUAUCGCAUAUAAUGAGCACGCGUCAAACGCAAGCCAAUAGCGCCGCAGCAGCACAGCCAUCCACUUCGUGCAGUUUCUCUUAUGGCACGCAAAGUUGUCGCUCAUUUCAACGCUCUUCCUCCACCAAACAACCACACCACCAUCUUCAGCACCAUCACUUGACAAUUGAUGAUGAUUUAAAUUCGGGCUUCUUAACACGCGCCUCUUGCGGUCGACGCAUACUGAAUUGUGCUAAAAUUCGUGCAGCCGAAGAUCCGGGACCGGUGGUGCCGACCGAGUCGAAAGCGCGUAGCUUCUGGAAUCGCAAAGGUUGGCGCAAAUUACCUGGCUUCUCGACGUCCACAUCCAGCAUAAAUGACACUGGCAUUACAGGUGAGCCAAUUUCCAUGAAAAAUGUGAAAGGAGACAACAAUAUAACAACAAUACCAACCACAACAACAACAGACACGAAGACAAGAACGAAAACGAAAACGAAAAAUACGAGUACAAAGGCGAUUCCAUUAAUCUGCUUAAAACGCUGACCUUAAUUGGUGAAGUGUCAUUUGUCAGUGCAGCAAAGUUGCUGUUGAUUUGGUUGGUUGGAUGGAUGGUUGGUUGGUUGGUUUGGUUGCUUGCUUGCUAGCUUGAUGGUGCCUCUUGAUUGUGUGCUGUGCUGUGCGCUGUGAUGGUAUGGAUGGAUGGAUGGAGCAAGAAGGUGAAGUGUAAUGAAAGUGGUGGAGUUGCAGGGUGUGAAGUGGCAAAAAUUGAAGUGUAGUGCAGUGAAGUGGAGUACCGUAAAGUGGAGUGGAGUGGCGUUGACUAGGAAAAAGUGCGCUGGGUACCACAGAGUAGGGCUUGAAAGCUUGCCUUGGCUCGGCUUGGCUCGAAUUUGUGUUUGCGGUGGCUUAUGUGUGCGGCGCAUGGAUGUAUGUGCUUCGCGCACUUAAUCGCAUUGUUGUUGCUCUUGUUAUUGAUAAUGGUGAUGCUGCUGUUGUCGUUGCUGCUGUUGCUGCAUUGCAUUAGCGCAUCCGAUGCCAAGGUGAAACAAUUGAUAGCUCUGCCAUCAAAGAUUUGUCUCGAUUCUAUAAAUCAUACAAAAUAGCGCACGUCCUCUCGCCACACCGUUAAGUGGAAUCGAGUGGAGUUUAAGAGUUGGUUGGUGUGCGAGCAAUCAGCCAACCGAACAGGCAGACAGGCAAGCAGCGAACGUACAGACACAAGCAGUGACACUUAAUAUCCGCUCAACACCGACCAACACACACAGUCUUACGGAGCUUAGCGACCAAAUGACUUUACAUGGUGUAUAAACAUACAUACACACAUACACACACAUACUCAUAUAUGUAUGCAUGAAUAGAGGUCUGAUCAUUCUGUUGAACGGUUUGUCGCUGUUUGCUCGCCUGUCUGACUUGUGGUGGUAAUUUAUAAAGCUUAAGGGAUAUGCAAGGCCACUUUUCACUGUCCAGGACAGUCAGCCAGCGCAACAGACCAACAGACCAACACACUUGUGCUACACAUUACCAUCCAUUUGUAUGGGUAUUAGCGCUACACUCAAACGAUAUACAAUACAUAUACAAUAUGUACUGUAGCUCAUUUAGUCCAAUGUACAUAUGUUAUUGUCUCCUCCGUCGCCAUUUGGUCGCACAAUCAAACGUUGCGAUCUUCCUCACUACGCUAAUCACACAAAUGUGUUUUUGAUUUAUCACAUUGGGCUUUUCAUUUGAGUGAAUGCGAGUACGAGUCCAGGAUAUAGCCAUUCAUAUGUUCAGAUAAUAUUGUUAGCGGUGGAGGGAAGGGGAAAAGUGGCAGAGCGGGAGAGUGGGAGAGUGGGAGAGAGGUGCCCAUCAGCAGUGAGGCCUUUAUUAUUUGUGUUGCGAUUACUUUGUACGUAGUAUAAACGUAUAUAUAUAUAUAUAUAUAGAUGUAUAUUUAGUAUUUUUAAUG